AUCGCGGUUUUGAACAGACCGACAGUGCACAGGCGCGCGCGCUCCGUGUCUUCGUGCACUUUCUCUCCGGACCUGCGAAGCUCGAGCGACCCGUGACAACUUUAAUUUAACUGCGCCUUGUUUUUCAUUUACAUUAUUAUUAUUUUUUUUUACUUUCACUCAUUUGUCAUUAUUAUCAUCAUUAUUAUAUUGUUAUCGUUUUCAGUCCGUCGUUACCGUACCGGAGCUCGCGCACUUCUCUCCUAUACGGAAUACCUUGUGCUGGUUUUGCGCGCGCGCUCCUCUCUCUCUGAGUGUGUGUGAGAGUGUGUGUGUGUGUGUGUGUGCGGUGCAUUUGGGAUCGUUACUCCCUGGCCGUGUUCUUCUCCCAUGCUGAAGUGACCGGAGGAUUAAGUUGAUGGUUCAGCACAUCUCCAUACGGGAUCAUGUACCUGUCCUCUUCCUGUCUGCACGCUACAGGCCCGACGGAAACAGCUGAAACGCACUCAGCUUUACUUUAACUCCUUUUAUUUCCUUAUCCCCGUGUUUGUGAAUGAGAAACUGAGCUUUGGGUCAGUGCGCGAGGCGCAGCGCCGGGAUGCUCCACCCGUAACGGGCUUUACUGUCGCACCUGGAGGCAGGAUAUCAGGAGCUGGGAUUGUCGGCUACACUCCUCAGGGGCUCUGCUUUUAUUCUGCUGAUUUUUCUCUGUUGUUUUCACUAUUGUGAGACGGAUUUAGAGGUCAUGGGGGAGUCUCUGUGGACCUACUACUUUGGGGUGUUGGUGCUCGCGUGCAAGGUGAACGCCACCGUGCUGGAGUCCAUCUACUGGAACACGACCAACACCAAGUUUGUUCAAGGCCAGGGUUUAGUCCUGUAUCCUCAGAUCGGUGAUAAGAUGGACAUUGUGUGUCCCCGUGUGGAGGGCGGCUCCAUGGACGGAGUCGAGUACUACAAACUCUACAUGGUUCCUCGCGAGCAGCUGGACUCGUGCACGGUGACGAAGGCCGACACGCCGCUGCUGAACUGCGUGAAACCCGACCAGGACGUCAAAUUCACUCUCAAGUUCCAGGAGUUCAGUCCUAAUCUCUGGGGCUUGGAGUUCUUCAGAGGAAAAGACUACUACAUCAUCUCAACGUCGAAUGGAACGAUGGAGGGCCUGGAGAACCAGGAAGGAGGAGUAUGUAAAACGAAGUCCAUGAAAAUCGUCAUGAAGGUCGGACAAAACCCAUCAGACCCUCUUCCUCCCAAAGAGUAUCCCACCAAACAUCCGCCCAAAUACACCGACACGGGCAAGGACAAAUCCAACGAAGUGCUUGACAAACCAGGUACGUCUCAUCACGAGGGUGAGACGGCCGACGGAGGCAGCGGAGGCAAAUCGUCAUCAGUGAUCGGCUCCGAGGUGGCUCUGUUCGCCGGCGUGGCCUCCGCCUGCGUGAUUGCCGUGGCCGUCGUGGUCAUGCUGGUCGUGCUGCUGCUCAAACACCGGCGACGCCACGGCAAGCACUCGCCCCCUCACACCACCACGCUGUCGCUCGGCUCCCUGGCAACGCCCAAAAGAGGCGGCGGAAACAACAACGGCUCCGAGCCCAGCGACAUCAUCAUCCCGCUGAGGACGGCCGACAGCGUCUUCUGCCCGCACUACGAGAAAGUGAGCGGCGAUUACGGCCACCCCGUGUACAUCGUACAGGAGAUGCCUCCUCAGAGCCCCGCUAACAUCUACUACAAGGUGUGAGAGACUGAGGACUGAACUUUAAACUUUGACCCUGUUGCCCCCUCAAUGAAUCAGCCCCUCCCCAUAGAGGUGGCGGUUGUUGACGAAGCUCGCUCUGCGCCUCUUCUCGUGGCUGUCGUAAAAAACAAAUGUUUUUUUUUUUUUUUUUUUUAAUUUUCCAAAUAUUCCUUAUUAUUCUUCAGUGUAGAGAUUUUAAGCGGUGGAGUGAGGCUGCUGCUUUCAAACCCCUCACGAUUAGUAACAAAAAAGAAACAUGUGCACUAAUUGAUGUGUGUUUGUGAGGCAGGGGUGUGUUUGGGGCCCGUGUUUAAAAGCAGUGAGGGGACAAGGGUGACUCUCCUUACGGGGAGAAGGACAAAAUAAGAGCGACAGAAUGAAGUGACUCAAGUAAAAAAAUAAAAAAUAAAUAAGGAAUCAAGGAACCCUGACUGCAAACUUGUGCCUGUCGUGGGGAAAUUCCUCGGUUCAUUGGUCACAGAUACCGGAAGUGGACUUUGAGGAAACAGGACUCAUAAUGCAGGACGUGCUGUCAGACCUGAACACGGACAUCACCUGUUUCGCUCGCCUUCUUGGUCACCGUUUUUUUUCUCGAUCGUUUUCACUCUCCCUUCAUCUCGAAACCUUCUUUUUAUCUCCUGCAAAGUGACUCACACAAUCGUUACUUGAAGGCUUUGCGUAUGGUCACGUGUCUUACCCGCAUUUCUCUUCGUCAUUCCCAGUUCGGCUCACCUGCGGAUUCGUUUGAUAGUUCUAGGUAUUGUCAUAGAGAUCCUAUUGUGCUGGUUAAUUCGUGCUGUUUGUACGUCGUGUGGGACACACACACACACACACACACACACACACACACACAGAUAUACACAGACACACACAUUUCACUCAAGUUUGAAGCCAAGGGCUAGAGAGAGCAGAAUAGGGGGGAGAAAAAAGGUAGCGGGAAGAAAGAUGUGAACACUUUAACAGCACUUUUAAAGACAAAAAAAAUCACCUGGCCCAAAUGACACACACACACACAUACACACACACACACACACAGGAUAGUGAGUGAAAUGGUGGCAUCGACAGCGCUUGUCCAGCUGCCAUUAUUAUCACGCUUACGAAUAUUUUUCACUAAACCAUUUCUGAUGAACCGGUGCUGACAUACUCAUGCAAAAGCACAGGGUCAUCUGACGCAUUGCUAUUAGCAUAAUGAUUAUUAUUAUUAUUAUUUACUUUUUUAAAUGAAAACAGAAGACUUAAUUAACAUUUUGUUUUGUCGACGAUUUCGGUUAGUUGUACAUUAAAACGGAGAGAAAAAAUCAGGCGAAAGCAAACAGAAAGACGUAGAAAAGAACUUAUUUAUGAUACACAGAGCACACAAACGGCCAGGCAGAUAUUAAUAACUUAGCGAGCAGGCACAUUAUGCAAAACGUAGACCUUUCCCAUUUAAAAACAAAACAAAACAUUUCUCACCCCCAUUCACACUGAAUUCGCGAUUAAUCCGAACCCAAAUAGUUGCCUUUUUGAACCACAUACACUACACAUACGCAUAUGGCCAGGAAAAGGGGCAGCUUGGGAAAGAAAGCUGGAGAGAAAAAAACAGCAUGUUGGGUUUAAAAUAGCUAAAAGGAAUGAGAAGGAAGGGCCAAAAAAGAGUCUGGAGGAAAGGCGAGUCUGGCAGAAUCUUGCUUAGCGAGGAUAAAAUAAACCGGCUCCUCUAGCUUGGCUGUCUUGUUUGAUGAAGCUCAGAGAGCAUUGGGUUGAAAUUAGGCCUCUCAAGUGGGAAGGAGGGCAGUGGACAAGAGUUAGGAAGCCAGCCAGGCGGGAAUUAGCUCAGGCUAAAAUUGUAAAUCAUAAAAAAAAAAAAAGAAAAGGGGGGCAACUUUCGUGCUACUCCCGAGGCAAAGAAAUGUUGACAUUAAACACAAAGAGAGCUGCUGGCAGGAGAGGAAGUAGCUGCACCCAUGGGAGCGAUUGGGUGCAUUCCCACAAUCCUCUCCUUCCUCGUCCCUCAGCUCUCAUGAGAAACCCCCUCCGGUCAGCGUAACGGUGUGUGAGGUUGUACACCUUGUCAACCUUUCUAUCGAACUACUCGUGUAUUUCCCUCAUCGACACUCUCUUCACACAAACGAGAAGGUUCACCCGCGGUGGACUUUUGAGAUUUUCGAACAUAAGCAGAAAUUCGGCUGUGGGUCGCCACGGUCACGUAUUAAUUGUUCACAUUUUUCAUUUCCAUCUGUUUCACGGAGAUCGUCGAAUCUCGCCAAGAAGCCAAGCCUUGUGGGAUCUGAGGUUUGUGCCUCUGUAAGAGGCCACAAAAUAAGCAAAUAUGCAAUUUUUAUUUAUUUUUGUAACAAUUGAGAGACAAAAUGAAAUGCUUACACCUAUGGAAAAGUGUUCUUAUCCACUGAAAUGAGUGAAAUUAAACAAAAAAAACAAUACAACAUAAAGAAAACAACACAAUCCUGUUGUGUUUCCUUUUUUUCCUCAGAUAGUAUUCAUUUUAUAAAGCAGAUUUUUUUUUUUUUUUUAAACUGUGUGCAGUGAAGUAUGAAGUAAACUGUGAAGAAAAAAAAAACAACAUUCACAAAAUCGAGCAGAUGCUUUGAAACUCACGUUACAGAAACACACCCACGCCAGCGUUUGGUCGCUGUCUGAUACGGAACUUAAAAAAAACAACAACAACGACAAAAAAAAAAAAACAACAAAAAAAACGACAAUCUUCUUAGUUUCUUUGAAUCUGAAGUCCGCUCUUUAUUAAAGCGACUCACAAACAUUCUUCUGUGAGCGGAACGAGAGGAAAAGCGAGAGCCUCCGGGUCGCGUCACGCUUCUCGGAAGCUCGGAUGUUUGUGAAAUGCAGAGUGAGUGAAGCGUCUUCAGGCUACUGUAAAAUGCCUUCGCUCGUUUCGUCAUCCCAAAAUUCAGAUGACAUAUUUUUUGCACCGUAAACCUGUAGGUAAGAAAGCUGUAAAUACAUUCAUGUUUGUAUUGUAAAUGAAUCCCUGGUUCAAACGAUAGCCUUAUUCCCAUGGGUUUUUUUUUUUUUAUUUUUUAUUAUUUUUAUUAUUUUUUUUAAUUUCAAGUAAAUGAAAUUUAAAAAGGACGGUGGAUUAAAAAACAAAAAAAAAACGACAGUAAUGCUACACAAGAAUACAUUUUUUUGGUAAACAGAUCGUGUAAAUAUCAACAGACCCAACAUAACAUUUUUUUAAUAAACGUAUAGUAAGAUGUUUUGUAUAAAAUUGGAAUUUUUUGCUAUGUAUUUUAGCUAGCGCUCGCCGGAAGUUCCCGCCCGUAUCCUAACACCUUGGCCCUUUUGCACUGUUUCCAUGGUAAUUUGGUUUUAUUAAAAAAAAAAAAAAAAAAGAAAGAAAUAGAUAAUAAUAAUAAAAUAAAAUAAACAAACGAAACAAAACAAAAGAAGAGAGUUGCCAAACCGACUGCUGCAUAUUUGUGCCAUACGUGUGUACCAUAGAUAUUUAUUUAAUUAGUUCUUUGUUUUUGUUUGUAUUUGACUUCAUUUCUGUCCAGUUUGUAUGCAAAUUCAGUAUUACGGUUGGGUUUUGUCUUUCCUCGCACUUCCCCUAUGUCCGUCUGUCGCUGUGGUUUUCCCAGCGGCUGUAGCUCCGCCCACUUUCCUUCCCUCCACCUCCCCUCACUUCCAGUGAGAUCUGGUCAGGCCGUGAAACAGUAAAAAAAAAAUAACACACACAUUCCACACCCAAGUCUGUUACAAACUGAAAAUGUUUUUUUUUUCAAUAAAAUAUUUUUCCUAUGGAA